AUGGUAUUUAAACUUAUUAAGAGCGUGUUAAAGAAAAAUGUAAAUUACCAGGGAGAUUUAAUCUCUAAUAAAGAAAUUAUUGAAAAGAAUUGUAUUUUACAGCUAGAUGAUACAAUUUUGAUUUUUAGUCAAAAAUAUAAAUUUGAUCUGAUAAAUAUAAAAAAUUUGAAAUAUAAAGAUAAGUCUUUAUAUUUUACUUAUGACCAAACAAAAUAUAGAUUUACAUGUAUAUUAGAUUUAAAAGAUUUGUUUAAUAAGUUGCAUCCUUUAACAACGGAGAAUGAAGUACUGUUUACUACUAAAGAUUUUAUUUAUAAAAUUUAUAAUACUAAAACAUCAUCAUUUGUUCAGGUAGAUAAAGAUCUUGUGUUAGAAAUAAUUAAAGAUGGAGGCUUAUUUUAUUUAAAACUAGAAACCGACGAUGAUAUUAUUCAUUUUGAAGAAAUUACUACCGAGACACAAUAUUACAUUGAUAAUAAGAAUAACACUUUUGUUUGGUCAGUAUUAAAAGAAGGUUCAUGGUAUACUUUUAGUAUAAGUUUUGAUAGCAAUUUGACAUAUCUUGAAUUUAUCAGUAAGUAUGUGUCAAGCACCUAUAAAGCAGAAGAAAAUGAAGAAUAUUUUAAAAAAAUGGAGGAAGACAAUUGUAAUUAUGGAAGCAAUGAAGAAAAUGAAGUUAUUUUUGAAAGCUUAGAAGAAGAAGGAGACGAAUACGGGGAAGGCGAGGUAGUAGAUCUUAAUAAUUUAGAAGAUAAGAAUGAUCAUCUUGGAAAAAAUGAACAUUUAGUUGUUGGGAAUGGAAGAGCAUUUGUAACUCGUGAAUCAUCCGUUGGAGUUUUUGAAAAUACUAAUGAAGGUUUAGAGUUUAAAGAGAAUUUAUCAGGUAUUAUGAAAAAUCCUGCAAAAAAGAUUAUUUCACAUGACAAUUGUAAGACUCUUAUUUAUUUAGACAAGAAUGAUAAUAAAAUAUUGCACAAAAUAGAUCUUGAUAGGGCAGAUGUUGUAGAAUCCUGGAAUGUUAACAGGAAUAUAAAUGAUUAUUUUGAUGGAUCAAAGCUAGUUGACAGUGAAACACUUAUAGGGUUAUCCGAUUAUUCUGUGUUUCGAAUAGAUCCACGUACAAAAGAAAAGGUAACACAAUCUAAGGAAUAUAAGACUAAGAAUGAAUUUAUGUGUGGCAUGUCAACUUCUAAUGGACAUGUGGCAGUAGCUAGUAAAAAUGGAGAUUUAAGGUUGUACGAUAAAAUUGAUAAAAGAGCGAAAUCUCUUUUACCUGGGUUUGGUGAUGAAGUAAAAUAUGUUGAUGUAACUAGCAGUGGUGAGAAUAUUAUAUGUACUUGUAAAAAUUAUUUGCUUUUGUAUUCAGUUGAUGGUAAUUAUAAAAAUCAAGUCGGUAAAGAUAAGCCUGUUCCAAAAAAACUUACCUUAAGACCUGAACACCUGGCUUAUAUUAAUGAAGAGAUAAAUUUUACACCUGCUAAAUUUAGCACAGAUAAACACGAAGAUAGUAUUAUCACCAGUACAGGUAAAUUCGUAGUAAAAUGGAAUCUUAAAGAUGUUUUAGAAGGAAAGGUAUAUUCUUACCAAUUAAGUAGAUGCAGUGAUUUAGUAGUGGCAGAUAAUUUUGAAUUUGGUGUAAAUGAUAAUAUUAUUGUGACUAUGCCUGAUGAUGUAAAAAGUCUUAAAGGGUGUGUGUUAAGACGACCUAAUAAGAAAUCUUUUGAAUAA